AAAAAUUUUCCUCAACUUCUAAGCUCCUGCACCCGGCUUUGACUCUGUUUUCGCCUUGAAAACACAGAAGAAGGGAACAGCAUUUUUCUUGCUUUGUUGCCGAUGGAAGGUGGUGGAGGUUCCGUGACGUGCGGGUCGUGGAUCCGGCGACCGGAGAAUGUUAACCUGGUGGUUUUGGGCAAGUCUAGGACUCCUAAUUCUGUCAUCGAGAUCUUCUCUUUUGAUCCCGAGACCACUUCCCUCUCUCCUUCUCCCUUGGCUAUGCAUGAGCUUGAAGAAAGUGAAGGUGAACCCAUAGCCAUUGUGGUUCAUCCCAGUGGAGAUGAUUUUGUGUGCUCCACAACAACUGGUGUCUGCAAAUUGUUUGAGUUGUAUGGUCAUGAAGCAAACUUGAAGUUGUUUGCCAAAGAAUUAUUUCCUCUCAAUGAUGUUGGUCAACAGAAGUGCCUGGCAUUUAGUGUUGAUGGUGCUAGAUUUGCUGCUGGCGGUGUGGAUGGGCAUCUUAGAAUCUUGGAGUGGCCAAGCCUGCGCAUCAUAUUAGAUGAAGCAAGAGCACAUAAAUCCAUCCGGGAUAUGGAUUUUAGCCUAGAUUCAGAGUUCUUAGCUACAACAUCAACUGAUGGUUCAGCAAGAAUAUGGAAGGCAGAAGAUGGUGUUCCUGUAAUUACUUUAGCUCGCAACUCGAAUGAAAAAAUUGAGUUAUGUCGGUUCUCCAAGGAUGGGACAAAGCCAUUUUUGUUUUGCACAGUUCAAAAGGGUGAUAAACCUGUCACUGUUGUUUAUGACAUAAGCACAUGGAACAAAAUUGGGCAUAAAGGACUACUUAGAAAGCCUGCUUGCAUAAUGUCUGUCAGCCUGGAUGGGAAAUAUCUUGCUCUAUGUUUCAACUUGCAUAUUGAUUGCUAUUGUUGUAGGGGAAGCAAGGAUGGAGACAUCUGUGUGGUUGAAGUAAAGAAAAUGAAGGUCUGGCAUUGGAGUAAGAGGCUACACCCCGGUACACCUAUUGCAACACUUGGGUUCUGUCCCAGUCAAAGGGUUGUACUUACUACAUCUGGGGAGUGGGGAGCUAUGGUAACCAAAUUAAAUGUUCCUGCAGAUUGGAAAGAGUGGCAGAUUUACUUGCUGCUUAUCGGACUCUUUUUGGCGUCAGCAGUUGCAUUUUACAUAUUCUUUCAGAAUUCAGAUUCAUUUUGGAACUUCCCUUCUCCAAGUAAACAAGCAGCAAGACCAAAGAUGGAGUUAUUUGGAGAUCCACAGUCAGAUGAUCAAUGGAGUCCAUUUGAACCUUUAGACAUGUGAGCAUUUGUUGGAUUCAGUUACUGUAACAACAAACUAUCAACCAGUUUCUUGAUGUUAAAUUAUAUAUCAUUAAUUUCUAAUCCCUGUACCAUGCCACAUAGAUGGUGUUGCACUUGUAAUUUUAGGGAAUAGAAAAAGUGGGGAUCUUGAUCUUUAGACACUUUUCUUUUGAUUGUUUCCUUUUAUUCAAUAAAACCAGUUUUCCCUC